GUUAGACACGCGACACGGUGAGCUACGUCGAAAAAUGGCCCGCGCACGAUGGCCACUGACAAAAAUUUAGCCUGCAAGCGUAAUACAGUUGUAUCAAUAAAGACAUAAUGGCAGCACAACAGCAGGGAAUGGCUAUGCCUGAUAUGUCCAAUGCCAUCGUGGCUCAGGACGAAAUGGGAAGACCGUUCAUCAUUGUCAGAGACCAAGGAAAGAAGCAAAGAAAGCAUGGAUUAGAAGCCACCAAAUCACACAUAUUGGCCGCCAGAUCAGUGGCGUCCAUAGUAAAGACCUCGUUGGGCCCAAGAGGGUUGGACAAGAUCUUGAUCAGUCAGGAUGGUGAAAUCACCAUAACAAACGAUGGUGCCACCAUUUUGUCCCAGAUGGAUUUGGACAACGAAAUCGCCAAGUUAUUGGUGCAAUUAUCCCGUUCUCAAGAUGACGAGAUUGGUGACGGUACCACUGGUGUCGUCGUGAUCGCUGGGGCUUUGUUAGACCAAGCCUUGGAGUUGAUUGAGAAGGGUAUCCACCCUAUCAAGAUUGCUAACGGGUUCGAUGAGGCCUGUAAGAUUGCCAUCCAACAGUUGGACAAAGUGGCGGAUGAAAUCAAAAUUUCUGCCGAUGCCUCCGAUCCAAACCUCUUGAGGGCAGCAAAGACCUCCUUAGGUUCCAAGAUUGUUUCUAAGAGUCACGAUCAAUUUGCCCAAAUGGCAGUGGAUGCAGUUUUAUCCGUUGCUGAUUUUGAAAGAAAAGAUGUCGAUUUCGAAUUGAUAAAAAUGGAAAAGAAGGUUGGUGGAUCGCUUGAAGACUCCUCCCUCAUCAAGGGUGUCUUGUUGGAAAAAGAUUUCUCCCACUCCCAGAUGCCAAAGCACAUUGAAGAUUGUAAAAUAGCCAUUUUAACUUGUCCAUUGGAGCCACCUAAGCCAAAGACCAAGCAUAAGUUAGAAAUUUCUACCGCUGAAGAAUUCAAGGCCUUACAAGAAUACGAACAAAAGAAGUUCCAGGAGAUGAUUGACUGCAUCAAGAAUUCUGGAGCCAACGUGGUUGCUUGUCAAUGGGGUUUUGAUGACGAAGCCAACCACUUGUUAUUGGCCAACGGCUUGAACGCUAUCAGAUGGAUCGGUGGUUCUGAAUUAGAAUUAUUGGCUAUCGCCACCAACGGGCGUAUUGUUCCAAGAUUCGAAGACUUGACUCCCGAGAAAUUGGGAACUGCUCAAUCUAUCAGAGAAUUGGAAUUCGGUACUACUAGAGAUCGUAUGUUAGUGGUGGAGGGCUGUUCCAACACCAAGUCCGUCACCUGUUUUAUCAGAGGUUCUAACGACAUGAUUGUUGAUGAAGGUGUCAGAGCUUUACAUGACUCUAUAUGUGUUGUGCGUAACUUGGUCAGAGACAACAGAGUGGUGUAUGGUGGUGGUGCUGCCGAAUUGACCUGCUCAUUGGCAGUUUCAGAGGCCGCCGAUAGACAAAAGGGCAUAGAUCAAUACGCCUUCAGAGCCUUUGCAUCCGCUUUGGAUACUAUUAUAAUGACCUUGGCUGAAAACUCCGGUUUGGACCCAAUCGAUACAUUGUCUGGCUUGAAGGCCAAGCAAGCUACCGAGAAGUCCUCGCAAUUGGGUGUUGACUGCCUUGGUAAAGGAACCAACGACAUGAAGGAAUUGUUCGUUAUAGACCCAUUGAUUGGUAAGAAACAGCAAUUGUUGUUGGCCACUCAAUUGACCAGAAUGAUCUUGAAAAUCAACGAUGUGAUCAUCAGUGGAAAGGAUGAGUAUUAAUGCAUAUAGUGAUACAUUAGCGAGUUAGUGUUUGUAGCAAACCAAACUACAGUACUUAAAUACCCAGGCUUUAGUUGCGAAGAUCUAAAUUACCACCAUGUCGAUGCAACAACCCUGUAGCCAUUAGUAACUAACAACUUGACAUACUGAGAAGCACGGGA